UAAGCGCUGCUUCACUGCUCCAUCACUUCAGUGACUGCUCUUCCGCGUCUCAAUGUAAAUCAAUGAUCUCGGCGACCUUUUUGGUCGCUCUGUUUAUUAUACCGACUCUUUUUUUGUAAUUCUCUUGUCUCGUCGAAACAUCUUUGUUUUGUAUCAGCAACAAAACUUCCCAGCAGCUGUGGGCAACUUUCCGUCGCGCGCCGAGGUGAAGAAUGCAUUAGCUCGCUCAGCUAGCAGCAGCUUUCUUCGGCUCUCCAGCAUCUAGCGCUGCAUUUCGGGGGGUUUGUGAUGUUUUUCCGUGUCUCCAGUCGUGAACUAACCCACAUGGAUUAGCUGGAUGGUUUUUAUCCCUCGUAAAUGAAAGGAAAAUAACGGAAAGUUUCGGUAUUAAGUGCCUGAGCUGUGGUGAGGAUGAGCAGCAAGCGGAGUUUGUUUGUGCGGCUGCUGCCGUGCCGCUGCCUUCGGGGCGAGGAGGAGCCCGUCACCUCGCUGGACUACUCACAUUGCAGCCUGGAGCAGGUCCCCAAAGAGAUCUUCAGCUUCGAGAAGACCCUAGAGGAGCUCUACCUCGACGCCAACCAGAUCGAGGAGCUGCCCAAACAACUUUUCAACUGCCAGUUGCUCUACCGAUUGAGUCUACCGGACAACGACCUGACGGUGCUGCCACCGGGCAUCGCUAACCUCAUCAAUCUCAGGGAGCUCGACGUCAGCAAGAACAGCAUCCAGGAGUUUCCUGAAAAUAUCAAGAACUGUAAAGUCCUGGCCAUCAUAGAAGCGAGUGUGAACCCUAUAUCGAAACUCCCAGAGGGCUUCACGCAGCUCCUCAGCCUGACCCAGCUCUACCUGAACGACGCCUUCCUAGAGUUCCUGCCGGCCAGCUUCGGCAGACUAACCAAACUGCAGAUUCUGGAGCUGCGGGAGAACCAGUUAAAGAUGUUGCCAAAGAGCAUGCAUAAGCUCACACAGCUGGAGCGCUUGGAUCUGGGCAGUAAUGAGUUCACUGAAGUGCCUGAAGUGUUGGAGCAGCUUAGAGGAAUCAGAGAGCUGUGGAUGGAUGGAAAUAAGCUGACGUUUUUACCGGGGAUGAUCGGGGCACUGAAGCAGCUCUGCUACCUGGACGUGUCCAAAAACAAUUUGGAGAUGGUUGAUGAGCAGAUAUCUGGCUGUGAAAACCUGCAGGAUCUACUGCUGUCCAACAACGCUUUGACACAGCUGCCAGGGUCUAUAGGCUCUCUGAAAAGACUGACCACUCUGAAGGUGGAUGAUAACCAGCUCAUGUACCUACCUGACACGAUAGGAGGACUCACGACUCUGGAUGAGCUCGACUGCAGCUUCAAUGAGAUUGAGGCUCUGCCGUCCACCAUCGGCCAGUGUGUGAACCUGCGUACAUUUGCUGCAGACCACAACCUGCUCACACAGAUGCCUCCAGAGAUGGGCAGUUUGAAGAACGUCACCGUUCUCUUCCUGCACUCAAACAAGCUGGAGACUCUGCCGGAGGAGAUGGGCGACAUGCAGAAACUCAAGGUCAUCAAUCUCAGCGACAACAAGUUGAAGAAUCUUCCGUACAGCUUCACUAAACUCAACCAGAUGACCGCAGUGUGGCUGUCUGAAAACCAGUCGAAGCCCCUCAUUCCCCUGCAGAAAGAGGAGGAUCCAGAGACGCACAAGACUGUACUCACCAACUACAUGUUCCCUCAACAGACCAGAACUGAGGACUAUUUGCCCAACUCAGACAGCGAGAGCUUUAACCCGUCUCUGUGGGAGGAGCAGCGCAAGCAGCGGGCGCAAGUGGCAUUCGAGUGUGACGAGGACAAGGAUGAGAGAGAAACACCCCCGCGGGAGGGCAAUCUGAAGCGUUACCCCACACCGUAUCCUGAUGAACUGAAGAACAUGGUGAAAACGGCUCAGUCCGUGGCUCACAGACUCAAAGAGGACGAGUCCGGGGACGAGGCAGGAAAAGAGACCAGGGCCAGCGAGAGGAACCACAUCGGAGUGCAGGAUGUAGGCGUGAAGGUGAUUGAAAGUCCCUGCACUAAUGGCAAAGCUGUUGAAAUGGUGCCUAAAGCAACGAUGAACAGUCAUCAAAAUUACGAGCCAAUAGAUUCAUUAGACAAACACAGCAUUGAAAGGAUCCCUCUCAAGACCUCCGACAACAUGAGAACUAUGAUGAACCAUGAUGAUACGCUUGAGGACUCAGAGGAGCUGUCAUCUGAGGAGGAGGAAAUGAAGAUAGCCGAGAUGAGACCUCCACUCAUUGAAAUUUCCAUUAACCAGCCCAAAGUAGUGGCCCUCAGCAAGGACAAAAAAGAUGAUGGGAAGGAUGCCGACUCUUUGCUGGAUGAGACGGUGGCCAACAGUAACCAGAACAACAGCAACUGCUCUUCACCAUCACGCAUGUCUGAUUCAGUGUCCUUGACCACAGACAGCAGUCAGGACAACUCCCUCUGCACCCCAGAGAGAGAGUCAAAGAUGCCUCUGGUCCCCAAGAACGGACAAGAGGAUGAAAACCUCAACCAGCUGAAGCAGAUGACCCCUCUACUCCAAAACUGUAAUGGCUCUGAGACGUCCCUACAGACCAUCCUGAAGAACCAGCAGAGCUAUGAAAGCAAGUCAGACCAGAUGGCCGACUACAGUCUCUCUAUGGAGGAGAGGCUUGCCCUCAUUGAAAAGGGCAUAAACAACGGCGUGGCAGAACAGUACAGCAAGUGGGAUCAAAUCAACAUGAACGUGGCCAAAUUCCCACCUGACAACAUGGUGUUGUAUGAGGACCUGGAAAGGAUCAAAAGUCCCUCAGCCAAGGAGUCCGUGUCAAUCAACAACAAUGCCAUGGUGUCACUCGAGAGUCUUGAGAAUGGCAAUCGGAUUCAGAAAACCCAGUCUGGGGAGAAUUUUAAUGGACGAACGGAUCAAGUUCCCUUGCGGUAUGAGUCGACGAGGACCGUCUCCACAGGUGUAACGGCUUUAAGUGACAUGAGUCUUUCUCGUAGCACAGAGGAACUCUCGCCAGAGAAGAAAUGUCCACCGGCCCCAGUAGUGAAAUCUCAGAGCAUUGCCAACAUGGACGCUGAAGGAAUGAAGCUAUACUCCAUCGAGGGAGAAAGCCCCCCGUAUGAAGUGGCAUGUGCAGCCAGAACGUCUAUAAGCGGCGCUCAAGGCCAGAGCAUCGUCCGCUCCAAAUCCGCCUCUUUGCUAAACGACCAGCCAUUGCAGAUCUACCCUGGUUCCUCUGCGUCAUCCUCUGACCUCUUGUCCAGCUCCAAACCUCCGAUUAGCAGUGCCCGCUACCCCACUGGCCCCCCUCCGCAGUACAACAUCCAGUACGCCAGUAGCACUGUGCCCAAAGACAGCUUGUGGAGCCAACGUACCCCCGUACCUCCUGAGCAGCCCUACCUCCCACCGCAGCACUCCCUCGCCAACACCAACUACUCCAACCGCAACAACGCCCCCCCAUAUCCCCAGCCCCAACAACGUGGCCCGCCCAAGACCCCGGACAUGUGGGCCAAGGAAAGGAUGCUGCCAUCUGUUGGCCAGCGUGGCGCCUUGCAGAGACAAGGUAGCGGGUCCUCUGGCAGUCCCAUGUGCAUGCCGGACCCACGUCGCAUGCCAGGAAUGGAAGGAGAGUACAUGACCUACCGGGACAUUCAUGCAGCAGGCCGUGGGCCUCUGCAGAUGAGCCAGGCGCUCCACAGACCCUUGUCUGCCCGCACGUACAGCAUGGACGGACCCAACGCUCCCCAGCCGCAGAGUGCCCGGCCCCCACCUCACGAGCUUCCAGAGAGGACCAUGUCCGUCAGCGACUUCAACUACCAGCACGCCAGCCCCAGCAAGAGACCCAGCAUGAGGGUGAAGUCAGAGCACUCGUUGCUGGAUGGGCCAGUCAGCGGAGGCGGCAGGGUUCCAGCAGACUGGAGGGACCAGGUCAUGAGACACAUCGAAGCCAAGAAGAUGGAGAAGAGCGCUCUCUCUCGGUCUUUGGCCACUCUCAUUGGCAGUCAGAGCUCUCUGGCCUUUAGCGCUCUAGACGGAUGGCAGAUUGGAGCUCAUGGGCCCAGCGACGAUGUCUUCAGUCCUCAAGGACAACAGGGCUACCAUAUCGACACUCUGAGAAAAGUGCCUUUGAUGAACGGCCAGAUGUGUCCUCCUGUGAGAUCUCCCAUGAGCUGUGGUCAGCCACCGAUGGCACGCCACCCCUCACGAGAGCAGCUCAUCGACUAUCUGAUGCUCAAAGUGUCCCAGCAGCCCCCGGGCCCUCCACGGGUCCCACACGAGACACUGCAGCAGGAGCUCCAUGUGAAGAUUGAGAAGAAUCCUGAGCUGGGUUUCAGUAUUUCAGGAGGAGUGGGUGGACAUGGGAAUCCCUUCCGUCCAGAUGACAACGGCAUCUUUGUGACGAGGGUUCAGUCAGAGGGACCUGCUUCAAAACUCCUUCAGCCUGGGGACAAGAUCAUCCAGGCAAACGGAUACAGCUUCGUUAACAUCGAUCACGGAUAUGCAGUAUCCCUCCUGAAGACGUUCCCCAACACUGUCGACCUGAUCAUCAUUCGAGAGAUGGCCGCGUAACAGAGCACCGUCUUAUUUUUGUACCGAGAGGAGCCAGUGCUAUAUAUAGCUAAUCUGAACUGAUGUUAACGGGACGAUGGUUGACCGUCAGUGAAACCACUGAAUCAAGUGGAAGACAGAAGCAUGCGCCUUCACUGUGGGAUAGUCUGUUGGUGCAGUCCAUACGAAUACCUGUGCUUUUGUAAAGAUAGUUUUUGUUUUCCUUUUUUUUUUAAGUCGUCACCUGGGUGUAGAGCUCUUGUGGGACAUUAGCUGUAGCUGACCGUUUGAGGGCAGGGCUCUCUGUCACAACUCACUCAUUUUUUUUCAUUUUUAUUAUUUUAAAGAGAUUUUUUAAAACCACUUUUAUGACCUGUGUGAGAUUCAGAGCUAGAAGACAAUGCUACGUGCUAACUGUGGUAAUGAAUGUAGAACUGGGCUGAGCUAAACCGAACUGGAUGUGAACUCUAUAGGCCUGGUGGUCACCGUUCUCACCUAAUUGUGAAGAACAAAUCCCUCAAAUUUUGAUGAAAAACUCUGCUCGAUGCUAUAAACUCUUCUAGUCUUCGUAACUUGAAUUGCCUUUAUCUACUUUCUGCAACGUUCCUCCAGUGAAAUAAGAGUCUCUUCCUACUUUAAUGGAGCGAGACAAACUUCAGCCACCAGUAAGGAUGCGCCGAAAUGCUCCCUGUACGUGAAACUUGGACAGGAACACGAUGAAGAAUUUCCAUGAGGAUUUCGAAAGAGAAAAAGACAUACAUGGAAACAGAAAGUGGUUUUUAACCAAAGCAUAUUGGGAUACUGGCGGCAUGAAACUGCUGGCAUGUCAACUUCUUUCCUUCUUCUACAACAGAGCCACUGAUUCCUACGCAACUAAUCCGAGUUUUUAUUUCUUAUUUCAUUUUGGAAACGGUUUUCUAUUCUGUGAGGAAGAUUGUAGGCAUAAUAUUUUAUUCUCUUACGAAAACAUUCUAACAUUUGACUAGUGGUGCAGUCAUGGACGUUCGUUUGCUGUUCGUUGGCUUGGAUGCAGGGCUGAGAAACGUGCUAUAGACCCUGAACUGUCACACAUGGGUUCGACCCCGAGCAAUACUCAUUUAGAUCCACGCCGCAUAUUCAGUGGCCUUAUUGGGCUGACAUAUGACACAGUGGGCGAAAGAGCAAUAGAAAGUCCUUUAUUCCAUUCGCAGGAUGCAGUCCGUUGUGUUUUUUUCUUUUUAUAAAUAACGAAACCCAUUUAGUAUUUCUUGAUUGAAAAAGCAUUUUAUAUUAAAUUUUUUUAAAGACAAAAACGUAGGAAAUGGCAUUUCAGAUUAUUUGUAAAAAAAAAAAGAAAAAGUUCGUAAAGUGAAAAAUCAGUGUGCGAAUGAAUGUCUCGUCACGUUAGCGAUUGCACUGCUGUUUCCAAACACCCCUACGAAGAUUAUCGUACCAUUGUAUGAGGAUACAUCGACUUCAAUAGCAAAGAGAUUCGAAAGGCUUUGUAAAACGUUAAGAGUAAUGUUUGUAUUUGAUGAAGUAGUCGCGUCGAAAGGCCAUGAAAGACUUUUGCCAUGUCUGCAUAUGAGGAGAACGACCUACUGUCGAUUGUAGUACUGUUUGUAUUAUUUGCAUGAAAUUCCUCCUUUUGAUCGUUCUUCGCUGUAUUCUUCGGUAGACUGGAGCGCUAAAUGAAUUGAAGUAAUCGAAUUAACAUACUGAUAAUGUAACAUCCACAAUUUGAUGUGAAAGAGCACUGUCAGCAUUUUUACGAGAGCUCAAAAGAGUUCAAUUCUAAAUUGAUUCGCAGUUGAAUUCAGACCAAUUUUCGCACUAUUUUAAUUACCAUUGACGCGCUGCCCUCAGAGUGUGUUAAAAUAAGUAAUGAGUCACCAUUGUUUAUGAAUUGGAAAUUAAUUUACUACAUUUGAUUAUUUAAAAAAAAAAAGAGAUUAAUCGCACAGUUUUUUAUUUAAAGUACAAAUUUAAUGGAUAAAACAACGGCCUCCAAUUUAGCUGGGAAUGAUUCAUUCAACACGAUGUUUUUGUGGACACUGUUACUUCCAUUUUGUCACCAAUCAGUCUAGCGUAGAAUCCUUGACUGUCACUUUUUUAUUUUGUCUGCAAAGACAUUGUAAAAAUGUAAUAACGAACAGUGACUAAAAACAACUGGUGUUUUUUUUUUUUUAAUUGUCCCACCUUUUAUUUAUUUAGUACCCUUUUCUUUAGAGAUUACUAAUCAAAAUGUAAAUACUUUUUUAAAAGGUUUAUGAUUUGUUCAUGGCAUUAGUGAUUACGUUUUUAAAACCAGCAAUAAUUUGCAUCACAGAAGCAGCCCUUUUAAUGUAUAGCUAUGUCAAAGGUUUCUCCGCAAGCAGCUACUAUUAAGAUGAUUGGUAUGCAUUUAUUCAACAUUCCAGAUUUUGUAAAUAAAUUUACUUUCCAUGGUGUCCUGUGGAAAGAAUAAAU